AUGAAAGCCAAAUACGGGCUUUGGAUUAUUUUCACCUCUUUGAUCCUUUUUAAUGUGUAUGCUAAAGAUCCUAGUGUGAAUGAUCAGGCCUCUACAGAUGUCAUGACAAAUCCUCCAAUUUCUAAAGAUCCCAAUCUGAAUCACCCAGUUUCUAAAGAUCCUAGUGUGAAGGAUCCGGUUUCUAAAGAUUCUAAUGUGAAGGCUCCGGUUUCUAAAAAUCCUAAUGUGAAGAAGACGCUUUCUAAAACACUUCGUUACGCAAGUUAUGCCAAUCCUGUCAAAGUCGCAGAGCACGUCGGCUUUAAAGAACCUGUAGUUUCCGUUUUAAAUUUAGCCGUUCCUGGAUUGGGAUCGGUUUUAAAUAUGGCAAAUGAUGCUUCUAAGUUCGCUAUCAAGCGCCUCAAUAAGGGCAGCAACUCUGAUAAAGGAAAAAAUUCCUCCUCAACACAUGAGGAUAGAGUCGGUAAAGCACCCUUGAAUCUCUCUAAUAACCCACCCAACACUCUUCCAGGCCAGCAAAAAGAGGCAAUUAAAUUAUUGGAGAAUGAUUCAAAUAGCCAAAAAAAUCAAAAAAAUAUCUCAUCACAGGUUACGCCUUCUAAUGCAACCCAAGCUCCCGUUUCUAACUGGUCUAUUCCCCCUACUCCAGCUGAGGCUACCCCUUCUACCCUAGCCCAAGCGGCUGCUUAUAAUUCUUCCAAUCCAGCCCAAAAUCUUGUUUAUAACUCUUCUAACCAAGCCCAAGCUCCUGCUUAUAACCCUUCUAACCAAGCCCAAGCUCCUGCUUAUAACCCUUCUAACCAAGCCCAAGCUCCUGCUUAUAACCCUUCUAACCAAGCCCAAGCUCCUGCUUAUAACCCUUCUAAC